CGCGGCUGCUCUGCUGUCCACUCUCCCGCACCGGAAGACUUACAGUUCCACAGGCCUCCUGCUGUAGUCAGGAUGGGCCGGAAAGUGACCGUGGCCACCUGCGCGCUGAACCAGUGGGCCCUGGACUUCGAGGGGAAUUUGCAAAGGAUUUUAAAGAGCAUCGAGAUUGCCAAACAGAAGGGAGCGAAAUACAGACUUGGACCGGAACUGGAGAUAUGCGGCUAUGGCUGUUGGGACCACUACCACGAGUCAGACACCCUCCUGCACUCCCUGCAAGUCCUGGCUGCCCUCCUGGCAUCUCCGGUCACUCAGGACAUCAUCUGCGACGUGGGGAUGCCCGUGAUGCAUCGAGAUGUCCGCUACAACUGCAGGGUGCUGUUCCUCAACAGGAAGAUCUUGCUCAUCAGACCCAAGAUGGCCUUGGCAAAUGAAGGCAACUACCAGGAGCUGCGCUGGUUCACGCCGUGGUCCAGGAGCCGGCAAACAGAGGACUACUUUCUGCCUCGGAUGAUCCAGGAGCUGACCAAGCAGGAAACCGUGCCUUUCGGAGACGCCGUGCUGGCCACCCAGGACACCUGCAUCGGGAGCGAGGUCUGCGAGGAGCUCUGGAUGCCCCACAGCCCGCACAUCGACAUGGGCCUGGACGGCGUGGAGAUCUUCACCAACGCCUCGGGCAGCCACCACGUGCUGCGCAAAGCCCACGCCAGGGUGGAUCUGGUGACCAUGGCCACCUCCAAGAACGGGGGGAUUUACCUGCUGGCCAAUCAGAAGGGCUGUGACGGGGACCGGCUCUACUACGACGGCUGCGCCAUGAUCGCCAUGAACGGCAGCGUGUUUGCUCAGGGCUCCCAGUUCUCUCUGGGCGACGUGGAGGUCCUCACCGCCACGCUGGACCUGGAGGACGUGCGAAGCUACAGGGCGGAGAUUUCGUCCCGCAACCUGGCGGCCAGCCGGGUGAGCCCGUACCCCCGCGUGAAGGUGGACUUCGCCCUCUCGCACCACGAGGACGUGCUGGAGCCGCCGUCUGAGGCUCUGGAGUGGAAGUACCACAGCGUCGGCGAGGAGAUCAGCCUCGGACCUGCUUGCUGGCUCUGGGAUUUCUUAAGACGUAGCCAACAGGCGGGCUUUUUCCUCCCCCUGAGUGGCGGCAUAGACAGCGCGGCCACCGCCUGCCUCGUCUACUCCAUGUGCCACCAGGUCUGCGAGGCCGUGAGGAACGGAAAUCAGGACGUGCUGGCCGACGUCCGGGCCAUCACCAGCCAGGUCAGCUACACCCCCCAGGACCCCCGAGAGCUCUGCGGGCGCCUGCUGACCACCUGCUACAUGGCCAGCGAGAACUCCUCCCAGGAGACGAGUGACCGGGCCAGGGAGCUGGCCGAGCAGAUUGGAAGCCACCACGUGCGGCUCAGCAUCGACCCAGCCGUGAAGGCCGUGGUGGGCAUCUUCCGCCUGGUGACGGGUAAAAGCCCCCUGUUUGCAGUGCACGGAGGAAGCAGCAGAGAAAACGUGGCCCUGCAGAACGUACAGGCCCGGCUGCGCAUGGUCAUCACCUAUCUAUUCGCUCAGCUGAGCCUCUGGUCUCGGGGCGCUGGAGGCGGACUGCUGGUGCUCGGGUCCGCCAACGUGGACGAGAGCCUCCUCGGCUACCUGACCAAGUACGACUGCUCCAGCGCCGACAUCAACCCCAUAGGCGGCGUGAGCAAGACGGACCUGAGAACCUUCGUCCAGUUCUGCACUGAGCGCUUCCAGCUGUCCGCCCUGCAGCGCAUCCUGGCAGCACCGGCCACCGCAGAGCUGGAGCCUUUGGCCGACGGACAGGUGUCUCAGACAGAUGAGGAAGACAUGGGGAUGACGUACGCGGAGCUGUCUGUCUUCGGAAGGCUCCGGAAGCUGGCCAAGAUGGGGCCCUACAGCAUGUUCUGCAGACUCCUCCACACCUGGGCUGGCGUCUACACCCCGCGCCAGGUGGCCGACAAAGUGAAGCGGUUCUUCUCGAAGUACUCUGUGAACCGGCACAAGAUGACCACGCUGACACCCGCGUACCACGCCGAGAACUACAGCCCCGACGACAACCGGUUCGACCCGCGGCCGUUCCUGUACCGCAGCGGCUGGCCGUGGCAGUUCCGGUGCGUGGACACACAGGUUCUCCAGCUGGAGAGGGGCCAGCGGCAGGACCUGGAUGGUGUGGACUGACGUCCGGCCUCCCGCGUUACGCUGGCCUCGCCGGUGGCCUGGAGCAGGGCCUCGGCCACUCCUCCCGGAGCCGGGCGUCAAUAGUCUCGUCAUUUCACGAUUCAAGGGACAGGAACCUUUGAAGUCUAGUUCCUUAAAAAAACAAAAACGAGAACGAAGACCGGAAUAAAGAGAAUGUGAUUUUUAACUAA